GACAAAGCACGGACGAAGGAGGAAGUGUGCAUUUUGUCUGUUACCUCGUCCUCGCUUCAACUACUCUUCAUUCACGAAGUCCCCAAAGUGGAAUAAGCAGCUGGAAACAUGGCAAGCGCAGAUAUCUCAUACGAAGAGCUGAAAGCUCUAAUGGAGAAGGGAGGACUUCUGCUGGUUGACGUGCGUUCCAAAGAGGAGGUGGAUCGAGGACGCAUUCCAGGGUCCAUUCACAUUCCAGCAGUGGACCAGGUAGAGAGUGACAUGUCUCUGGACCCAGCCGCGUUCCAGCAGAAGUUCGGUGUCCCGAAGCCCCCACAGGACACCCCUGACCUCGUCUUCCACUGCCAGAUGGGCCGCAGAGGGGCAGCCGCCACAGAGAAGGCUAGAGGCCUCGGAUUCCAAAAGGCCCGCAACUACAAGGGAGGAUACAAGGAAUGGAGCGAGAAGGAAGGAAAAUAAAUUAAUUCCAUGUUCACUGUAGAAAAUAAUAUGUAAAAAAUAAUGAUAAAAUAAUAGAAAAAAACGUUUUGCCAUUGUACAGCUGCUUAAACUCAUGACUCAUGGCUGCUCAAUAAAGUUUGAUUUUUGUGGUGUAAA